CCGAAGGGUCAGAGGUCAGGGGUCAGGGGCCGCCGGAUGGCGUAGGAUCAGCUGCUGGUGGUGGUGAUACCGGGUCCCCCGCCUAUGGCGCCGGCGCAGCGCUGCCCUCUGUGCCGCCAGACCUUCUUCUGUGGUCGCGGGCACGUCUACAGCCGCAAGCACCAGCGGCAGCUGAAGGAGGCUUUGGAGAGGCUCCUGCCCCAGGUGGAGGCGGCCCGCAAGGCCAUCCGCGCCGCUCAGGUGGAGCGCUACGUGCCGGAACACGAGCGAUGCUGCUGGUGCCUGUGCUGCGGCUGUGAGGUGCGGGAACACCUGAGCCAUGGAAACCUGACGGUGCUGUACGGGGGGCUGCUGGAGCAUCUGGCCAGCCCUGAGCACAAGAAAGCAACCAACAAAUUCUGGUGGGAGAACAAAGCUGAGGUCCAAAUGAAAGAGAAGUUUCUGGUCACUCCCCAGGAUUAUGUACGAUUCAAGAAAUCCAUGGUGAAAGGUUUGGAUUCCUAUGAAGAAAAGGAGGAUGAGGUGAUCAAGGAGAUGGCAGCUCAGAUCCGCGAGGUGGAGCAGAGCCGGCAGGAGGUGGUUCGGUCUGUCUUAGAGCCUCAGGCAGUGCCAGACCCAGAAGAGGGCUCUUCAGCACCUAGAAGCUGGAAAGGGAUGAACAGCCAAGUAGCUUCCAGCUCACAGCAGCCCUCAAACUUGGACCUGCCACCAGCUCCAGAGCUUGACUGGAUGGAGAUAGGACCAUCUCUGACAUUCAUUGGCCAUCAGGAUAUACCAGGAGUUGGUAACAUCCACUCAGGUGCCACACCUCCCUGGAUGAUCCAAGAUGAAUACAUCGGUGGGAACCAAGAAAUAGGACCAUCCUAUGAAGAAUUUCUUAAAGAAAAGGAAAAACAGAAGUUGAAAAAACUCCCCCCAGACCGAGUUGGGGCCAACUUUGAUCACAGCUCCAGGACCAGUGCAGGCUGGCUGCCCUCUUUUGGCCGAGUCUGGAAUAAUGGACGACGCUGGCAGUCCAGACAUCAAUUCAAAACUGAAGCUGCAGCAAUGAAGAAGCAGUCACAUACAGAAAAAAGCUAAUCAUGCUUUACCAACUACCAUGAGGCUAAAAGCAAAGUCAACAAACCCCUACUUUCCACCAAAUUCUUUAUCAUUGUCUUUCUUAGGAAACAGACAUACUCAUUCAUUUGAUUUAAUAGUUUUAUUUUUCCAAAUGUA